AUGUUUCCCCGACUACAACUACAAGACCUCUCCCCCGACACCGACUUCCAUUGCACCGAUUUGCCAGCGCUUCUACGCGAGCGAAGGCUGCGGUUCGAUAAGGACGAAGAGCUCAAGCGGCGCAAGCGUACGGCGGAGUCGUGCUGGCUUCAGCGCGGCGACGCGCGACGCGACGCGCGCUGGAGGUCUCAGUCUGCGACGGUACUCGAAAGUUGCCGACUUCCGAGCGGAUCUACGAGGCCUCUGGAGAUCUCGCGGACUCGUCGAGCGCGCGAGUCGUGUCUACCAGUCGCGCAUGCGUUGUCGUCCGUGCGGCUCGAGCUGGAAGAGCGCCAGGACUGCUCCAGGAGAACGAGGGACGCAAAUCAUGCUACAGGGGAGCUGCACUGGAGAACGGUGCCUCAGCCGGGGCGGCAUGGCCGGCUGCGUACGACCCGGAGCGCGAGCGCGUGCAGCCACGUCGGAUUCGGCGUCGUCCUCGCCGCGACGACCGAAGAAGCUUCGAAGGACGCCGCUCCGGACUCCAACAGUCCCGCCUCAACGAAUCUCCCGACGACCGUUUCGCCACGGGACGUCGCGGCCGCGAUCGUCGCAAACCUCCCGCGGAACGACGUGACAGAGGAAGGCGCGGAGGUCGCCGGACCGGGGUUCGUGAACGUGCGUCUGCGUCGUUCGUUCGUCGCCCGUCGCCUCGCCGACGCGCUCGCCCGCGGACCCCGCGCUCCGGCCGCGCGCCGCCUCCGCCGCGUCUGCAUCGACAUGUCGUCGCCGAACGUCGCCAGGGAGAUGCACGUCGGCCAUCUUCGGUCGACGAUCAUCGGGGAGGGAGUAGCCCGGCUGCUCGCGUUCGUCGGACACGAGGUCGAGAAAGUCAACCACGUCGGCGACUGGGGGACACAGUUCGGGAUGCUCAUCGCUCAUCUCGCCGAUUGUUUCCCCGACUACAACUACAAGACCUCUCCCCCGACACCACUUCCUAUUGCCGAUUUGCAGUCGUUCUACCGCGAGUCGAAGGUGCGGUUCGAUAAGGACGAGGAGUUCAAGCGGCGCGCGUACGCGGAGGUCGUGCGGCUUCAGCGCGGCGACGCGGACGCGACGCGCGCGUGGAGUCUCAUCUGCGACGUGUCGCGUUGCGACUUCGAGCGGAUCUACGAGCGCCUCGGGAUCUCGGACCUCGUCGAGCGCGGCGAGUCGUUCUACCAGUCGCGCAUGGUCGACGUCGUGCGCGAGCUGGAAGAGCGAGGACUGCUCCAGGAGGACGAGGGACGCAAGAUCAUGUUCCCGCCCGGACGCCCGAUCCCGCUCACCGUCGUCAAGUCGGACGGAGGCUACACGUACGACACGUCGGACCUCGCGGCGAUCCGGCACCGCAUCGUCGAGGACCGCCGCGACUGGAUCGUGUACGUCGUCGACAGCGGACAGGGAGUGCACUUGGAGAACGUGUUCGCGGGGGCGGCGAUGGCCGGCUGGUACGACCUGGAGCGGGAGCGCGUGCAGCACGUCGGAUUCGGCGUCGUCCUCGGCGACGACCGGAAGAAGUUCAAGACGCGCUCCGGCGCGACGGUCCGCCUCAGCGAUCUCCUCGACGAGGGGGUGAGGCGGGCGGACGCGAAGCUCCGCGAGAAGGAGCGCGAGAAGGCGUUGACGGAAGAGGAGCUGAGGAGGGCACGGGACGCGAUCGCGUACGGGUGCAUGAAGUACGCCGACCUCUCGCACUGCCGCACGAACGACUACGUGUUCUCGUUCGACAAGAUGCUGGAGGACCACGGAAACACGGCCGUCUACCUCCUCUAUGCGCACGCGAGGAUCAAAUCGAUCGCGCGCUCGGCCGGGGUGGACGUCGCCGCGGAAACCGCGCGCGGCACCUCCGUGUCGCUCGCUCACGAGCGGGAAUGGCGGCUCGCGAAGACGCUACUGCUGUUCGGCGAAGUCGUGGCGCGCGCCGCCGACGAUCUGAUGCUGCAUUCGAUCUGCGAGUACAUGUACGACAUCGCCUGUCGCUUCUCGGAGUUCUACGAGCGCUGCUACUGCAUCGAGCGUCGGGAGGACGGGACGGUCGCGAGCGCAGUCAACGUGGGACGCGUGCUGCUGUGCGAGGCGACUGCAGCCACCCCGGUCGCGUGCGCUGCUCCACAGUCCGUAGGCCAUCCGACUGCCGUAGACAAAGGAUGUGAGGGCGACACCCUCCACCGGCUCUCGAGCUGCGCUGGCUUCUACAUCCUAGGCCAUCGACGGGCCAGGCUAGACAAGAUUGAGGGCGACCGGCCUCCACCUACGCUCGCGCUGCUUCCACAGUCCUAG